UUUACUUUUAAUUAGAAUUUAAAUCGAAGAACUAGUAAAAAGUGGGCGAAUGUAAUUUACUAUCACCUACACGAUCAGAAGAUACGUGUCCCCGAAUCAAAGAGUAUAUCGCUCAGGUAUCGCUUCACGGCGCGUUCUGAUUGGUUAGGGGGCGCCAUUGGGGGACGAGUGUCCGUGAGUGCGUCAGCGAGCGAGACGUUAGCGAAAGGUAUCGUUUGCCUUGGGAAGUGUGUUAUUCGUCUCUGUACGGGCUCUAAUUACGUUGUUUCUCAUACGACAGUGUCAUUCAUGGUGGAAGGAAUGAGGCUGAAAUUUGGGCAGCGCCAAAAUGAUUGGCGCUGCUGCUUUUGCUGCCAUGUGCGGACUGGAACGAUUGUUUUGGGAAUAUGGCACCUGCUUCUUCACGUUAUGGCACUGUCCGUAAUAGCUGUGAUGCUACGCCAUCCUGAGUUAGCAAUUGAUGAUGAACAACUGGCACGAGACCCUGUUCUGCCCACACCUCUCUCAUCAGAGGUGGAGAAUCGAGAACAUCAUAGUAGACUGUUCCCAGAGUAUCCAGAACUGCGUGAUCCCUCAGACUUCCCUGCUCCAUCCACAAUGUACGCAUCGGGUGAAGCAAGAUUAGGACAUAGACAAACGUUCAACCACCAAAAUCUGAAUGUUGGAGUAGUUGUUACAUUCUGCACAUUCCUUAUUACUUUGUUGAUGGUAUACGGAGCUGUCAAGGGUAAACCUUCAUAUUUAAUGCCCUUCUUCUGUCUGCAAGUUUUUGACUUCUGCAUUGCCAGUCUGACUGCAGUGGGGUACCUAUGCUAUCCACCAGAUGUGCGUCGGCUAGUGGAACGAAACCCACAAUUGCCCUUCAGAGAACAUCUUAUGGAAAUGAAUCUUCAGUGCCUCUCUCUGCUGACUGUGUGUGCCUUCAUGGGAAUGAUGGUGCUCAAGGCUUACUUCAUCCAUGUGGUGUGGGGUUGCUACAAGUACCUUAGCUUGCGCCAGACAGCUCAGCAGCGCACUAUUCACUACAUCGAUCCAGACAGCCAAACAUUGCUGCCUGACUUGCCUGACUACGAAACUGCAUUGUGUGAUCCUCGUUUCCAGCCACCACCUUCAAUGAAGAAGAUGCCUCCUCCUCCUCCAUCAUAUGCUACAGUUGCUGCCAGUUUCCCAUCCCCCUUACCCACUGAAUACGGACCCCCUCCUCCCCCACCUCCUGGCUUCACUGCUGCCAUUCCUCCUGCUCCCUCUGCUUCCCCUGUGCCGCCGCAGCCUGUUAGCUCAGGCACUUCUCUUCCAGGACAGAAUGCGUGAACAUGUCACAUCUCCUGUCUUCUGUCCCUGCACUUCUGCACUUAUGUAGUUACUAUGGUGCCCGGGUUGUUGCAAGGAGAAGUGAUAUAAAUAAUGAUUCAAUUACCACAAGAAUGUUAUUCUAUUGAUAGAGAACAAGAAAUAUACCAAAAGGUUGGUAAAUUUUUCAUUAUUCCAUUUCUUAUUUUCAAGGGGUCAACGAGUUCAGAAAUUAUAUUGGCUGCCUCCAGAUAUGCUUCUUUUGGUCUAUUUAUAUCUUGGCUGUCUGAUUCACCAUUUUUGGCUCUUUAAUCGUUAUUUAUCUCUGCUCCUGUGGGGCGUGUGACAGAUGUCCAAGAUCUGCUGUCUCAUUUGUAUAUAGCUUUCAGCAGAUGAUUGUCCAGACUGUUGGUUGUAUUGCACUUGGACUUAAGGGAUAGUGUCCAGGCUUGUAAGAAGACUUAGAAUCUAAUGGCAAUACUUUUCCUCAUGUAUCUCUUAAUGUUGUCUUGUUUGUUAGCUGGCAGUAACCACUAUCUUGUAAGACUACAGUUCUCGAGGUGUUGUAAUAAAAAUUGCUGUAAUAAAGUUUUAUUUUUAAUUUCUGAA